GUAUAAAAAAAGAAGAAAAGAAGAAGCCAAUAUCAAUUUUAAAUCCUUCACUUCUUAUUUUCUGUUGGACAAUUUAGAACCUCAAAAAUUUGACUGGUUAAGGUUGACACACACCCUUUAAAAAAUCUCAAACCCUUUCUUCUCUUUGGUUUACUUUUCCUUACACCCAACAGCCACCUCUUUCUCUUCUUCAACCUUCACACAACCACUUCAUCCGUCUUUGACUGUUUAACUGUUAUACAAGUUCCAAUUUUUUUGGACACCCUUUAUCACCUUUUUCCUUUUGUGUUUUUUUCUUUUGUUGGGCCAUCUAUUUAUUAAUUACUUUCAUUUCUCUCUUUGAUACCAUUUCAGUGUAUUUUCAAUAUUGAAAAACUUUUGUUUUGUGAGAAAAUAUGGUAGGAGCAAUAUCUGUUGUUGGUUCAUCAGUGAUGGACUCACACACUGGACCAUGUUUGUGUGUGGAUGCUCUUCCAACAACUAAUGCUGUGAAUCUUUGUGGUGAUGUUGUUUUGUGGAAGAAUUUGAUGGGAAAUAAGCAAUUGGUUAAGCGCGGCGGAAGGACUUUGAAGUUGAGCAGUUCUUUUACUGAUCCUGGAAGAGAGUGGAGAAUCAAGUUUAGCAGAAGUUGUAAGAAGCAAAGAAGUGAUGAUGAUAGGAGACUUACCAUUGUCAAUGAGCUUGGUGGUCAAUAUGAGGAUAAUUUUGAGGAUGUUAAAACGCAAAUGCUCAACUAUUUCACAUAUAAGGCUGUGAGGACUGUUCUUCAGCAACUGUAUGAGAUGAACCCACCUAAAUAUACAUGGUUUUAUAAUUUUGUUGCAACAAACAAACCAGCAGAUGGAAAACGUUUUAUCCGAUCCCUUGGGAAGGAACAACAAGAGCUUGCUGAAAGAGUGAUGGUUACUCGGCUUCACCUUUAUGGUAAAUGGAUCAAGAAAUGUAAUCAUGCUGAGAUUUAUAAAGAAAUAUCUGAUGAAAACUUGGAGUUGAUGAGGGAACGACUCAUGGAGACAGUAAUAUGGCCUUCAGAUGAUUCAAACACAGAAAAAAUUGGUUGAUACGAAUGAACAUUGUUCCUUUAUGUUAUCAACCUCUUAAUUAAUUCCUAGUCUAGUCUAGGUAUAAUUUUAAUUUUGGUCUCAAUAUGUUUUGUUUCCAAAUGUGUCAUUUUCAUAUUUAUGUUGUGUAAAUUGUGUAUAUAUAUUAGUACAUCUUUCAAAAUACAGAAUCCAUUAUUUAGAAUUGUUUGAGAUGAAGGAUUUACAAUCGGUUAAAAACUACUUGAGGCAUUUGUGAAUCCAACAAUUUCUAAAUCA